AUGACUGGAGGAAAGAUUCCUGUUGUAGGGAUUGUGGCAUGCCUACAGCCGGACAUGGGGAUAGGAUUUCUUGGAGGCCUACCAUGGAGGCUGCCCAAUGAAAUGAAGUAUUUCAGGCAGGUCACUUCAUUGACGAAAGAUUCAAGCAAAAAAAAUGCUGUGAUAAUGGGCAGAAAGACAUGGGAGUCCAUUCCACCCAAAUUUCGCCCACUGCCAAAUAGAAUGAAUGUCAUUAUCUCGAGAAGCUUCCAGGAUGAUUUUGCUCACGAUAAAGAGAGAUCAAUAGUCCGAAGCAAUUCGUUAGCAAACGCACUGACGAACCUAGAAAACAAUUUCCAAGAGCAUCUGGAAAGAAUCUACGUGAUUGGGGGUGGCGAAGUUUACAAUCAAAUCUUUUCCAUUACAGAUCAUUGGCUCAUCACAAAAAUAAACGCACUAGAUAAAAACGCGAUUCCUGCUAUGGAUACUUUCCUUGAUGCGAAGAAAUUAAUGGAAGCAUUCAGCGAGCAAUGUCCGGCCCAGUUAAAAGAAUUUCUCCCCCCUAAGGUCGAGUUGCCCGAAACAGACUCUGAUCAACGCUAUUCGCAGGAGGAAAAAGAUUAUCAUUUUGAAUUCACUCUGUAUAAUCGUAAAUGA